GGUCACCUGGGCGCGCCGUUAAGACAUCGGAUGGAGAGAAGGAAACAAUUCUCCCACCGCUAUAAAACCGACCUUUCCCUCGCCUUUCUCGCUUCUUCCUUUCCACUUUGGCAUUCUCACCACCCACACCAAGAUCUUCAUUCCUCUAUCCCACCCUUCCACAAAAAUAUCAAGAACUUCUUCUGACUUUCGACUCUUCCCACCACCCUCAGAAUUUAUUCUGCCUCUGCUGCCUUACCGUCUAUCGCCAAGAUGGAGCAGGACAACCGCAACGAGGAUGGCUCUUCGAACCAGCCCGCGGCCUCCAACCCUGGCCAUCAGACCUCUGAUGCGCCGCCCAGCGGCCAGCCAGCUGUGCCGACGUUGGAAUCGCUCCGCAGCCAGUCCUACCGCACGCACCAAACUUGGACUCCCAAGUACACUAGGGUAGCCAAGUGCGACUUCUGCAACGAGCGUGGCCCGGGGGUUUUGAUGUCCUGCGCACACCCCCGUUGCGUCAAAUAUAUCUGCGAGACCUGCGCCCGAAGCUCGAGGUGGCACUCGGACUACUACCAUUGGAUCGAUGCCGACGCCCUCGACUGGACCGUGCAGAAGGCUCCCAGGCGAUCCAAUCCCAGCCGGGGACGCAAACGGCGGCGAUCAGAAGACCGUUCGCAGCAGGGCUCCCCGGGCGGGCCUACCAGCGAGCGCCCCGCUUCCACUCCGCGCCGUCGCCUCGGGAUGGCACCUCCUCGCGUCGACGUAGACGAAGAAGCCGAUGGCCUCCCCCACCCCAUCCACCACGCUGCUCUCUUCCCCACGCCGUCACCAAUCGCGCCGCAUAACACCGGCCAUCACUGGGCGGCGCCUGCUCCCCCCGCUCCCCCUGCAGCCCCGCCAGGGUUCUAUGGCUAUCAUGGCUACAAUCCGGCAGCUCCCUUCUUUCACCUGCCUCCUCCGCCUGCCCAAAGCCGCUACCCCCAACAAGGCGGGAUGCAGAUUUCCCCGCCGCCGCAUCAUCCCUCCCCUCAGGCGUUCGCGGCACCAGCAGGCCAUCCGAUGGCUCAGCAGGCAGCUCCCUACGGCCAUUAUGGCCAUUACGCUCAACAAGGGGUAAUGGGGCCUGCCUACUACCCCCAACCGAACCCUUAUGCUCCAGCGUUCGCGGCACCUCCUCCUCGCCCCGUCGCUCAACAGGAUGCUGGCGUUGGCCCUUUCGCCCAACAAGGGGGAAUGGUACAUGACCCGAGGCCCCAUAUCAACCCUCCCCCCCGGGCGUACCUGGCGCCUAGUCCUCGCCCGAUGCCUCAGCAGUCAGUUCCACUUAACGACUACGCUCAACAGAGCCAGAUGGAGCCUGCUCAGGACCCUCAACCCAACCCCCCGUCUUCAGCACUCCCGGCCCCUGCAACUCGGCCGGCUGUUCGACCGAGAUCUGCGUCUGGUGAUCACCCAGACCAAGGCGAGGAUCACCCAGGUCCCUCAUCUCCAGUCGCCCCGGCACCUACUCGCCCGGCGGUGCGGCAGGCAGCUGCUAGAGCAAUUGCAGGCAUGACUGAACAAGCUCGUCAGUCUGACGAUGAUGGUUCUGAGUAUCGUGACGAUGGUGAAGACGAGUAUGACGAGGACGACGUUUACAACGCAAGGGGGAGUGGUAAGAAAGUAAACAAAGGGGGCCGCUGCGGCAACCGUGCGUCCCGCAACACUGGUGUGCUCACCCCGGCCCAGGCCCGCACUGUACAGAGCGGCACCCCUUCUCCCCCGGAGGCUGGUCCAUUUGCGCCUCGAAGCUCGGUUGAGCACUACCCUCGCCCUUCUGUGCACCCCGUGGUUGAGCGGGCACCUCCAGCCACCCCCGGGCCCGAGCACGACAACCGUGACCAUCUUGUGCUCGACAUUUACGAGUUCCUCUACCAACAGCGGCCCAAUCCGGACCCCCGCCGUGUCCGUUCGCAGAUUCCGGACCGCUCGGCAGACCGGGAGUCCCCGCCUCAGCAUCCUUCCGCCCCGGCACCGGGUUCUUCACAGCAGGCCUACGAGUCUCCCCACGGUCUACCAACUUCCGAGAGCCCAGGCACGACCGCUCCUCCUCCUGCGGCCCCCGGCCCCUACGCGCCCAGCGCGCGCACAACCCCGGCCUACCACCCCCUCAACGACCGCACCCCGGAGCAGGUGGCGCAAUACCAUCAGGACAACGCGCUGCAGCAGCAGAUGCGGUACGCGUGGGGCGCCCACCCAAUCCUCCGGAACCUGCGCCAGGACGGCCGCCGGCUCGACGCCAUCAACCUCCUGUGGGAGGUCUUCGAGGUGCGCCGCGCCCGCGGCGGCGUGUGGGUGCCCGACGACUCGCAGACCGUCGCCUGGUUCGUCGCCGAGCGGGACAGCCAGUUCCGCAUGGAGCACAUGGCCCGCACCCUCACGGCCCCCGACCCCCACCCCCGGCCCCGGGCUCACCCGGGCCCGGCGCCGCUGUCGAUGCCGAUCCGGGGGGGCUGGUCGUCGGCGGCGGCGUACUCGGCUGCUGCUCCCACCCCGGCGGCUGGGACCCUGGGGCUUCACCGCCCCAGGCUGGUUCUCGGCCCGGCCCGCCGUGGCGUCGACGAGGGUGAGGACGACGACGACGAGGAGGAGGAGGAGGAGGAGGAGUAGGUUUUUACCGCUGAGUCAGCUUGGGUGGCAGCGAGGUUCGGUUGGGUGAGCCGUGAGGAAGUUGUUGGUUUAGUGUUGGGAUAUAAUCAUUCAUGGCAGGGUGGAGAGGGGUCGCGAUGGUUUUUUUUCUUUCCCCUUUCCUUUUUUCCAUUUGCUCAGCAGGCAGUGUUUUACUAGUUUCCUUUCCUUCGUUUCUGUUCUCUGUAUUUUAUUUUCAUCACUGCUCUUACUUCACUUUCGGGGCCUUUUUCCUCCUUUUCU